CUUCUCUGGCUUCCGAUCGAGGCUAGAUUUUACCUUCCAAGUUUUCAACAACACGGCCUCAAAUCCUACAUCAAACCCUAGCUUCAAUACUACUCACAACUUUGGUCUUUCAGAGACGGGAAUUCUAGAUUCCCUUUCAAUAAUUCAAUCUUCUCGUCUCCUUUAGUCUUUCUUAUUGUAACCCUAACCCUAAUUACGCGAUGCUUCUCUCUCCUGGCCAUUCACCCCGCCACCUCUCAUCACCGUCACCGUCUUCUUAUUCUUUUCCCAACAAUGCCCUCUCGAAUGAUUACUCUUCAGUUACACCCACAAACCAUAAAAAGAAGGCGACGGUGCUGGAUGAGGACACAUACGUUGCGGCAAUCGAGAAGAUUGUCGAGCGCGACUUCUUCCCUGACAUAUCGAAGCUCAGGGACCGGCUCGACUGGUUAGAGGCAGUGAAAACGGGUGAUCCGAUGCAGAUUCGGGAUGCGCAGUUGAAGAUCAUUGAGCGUCGUGGCAAGAAGGUAAAUGAUCUUAACCCUGGGGGUCGGACACAAUCACAUACCCCCGGUUCUACUUUUAUGAGAAAUUUCACCCCUUUUGAUGAAUUCGGUAAAACCCCAAGAACCCCGGGUGUUCCGAAUAGUGAAACAUCUGGUGGUGUAGAUUCUGGUGACGGUUCUGAUGGUAUAGAGACUGCAUUGUCGCUUGAUGAGUUCUUUAGAAGAUAUACAAGUGAAGAUAACGAGAGUUUUUCGAAAAUUAUAGAGAAGGUGAAUAGGAAGAGGAAGGAGAGAUAUGAGUAUCUGACGGAGGGUGAAAAGGAGGAUGUUAAAUUGCUUGAAGAUGUGAAGAGAGAUCGAAUUACUGAUGGCUAUGGCACGUCAUAUCAGCCGCCGAGUACUUUGGAAGGGUGGAAGUACACAGCAAAGAACUUGUUGAUGUGCCAUCCUUUUGAUCUUGGUGAGGCCCCAUUGACUGAGGAGGAACGUGCUGUAAGAUUGAAAAGUUUAACCAAAGAAAUCAAUCGAACAAACACGCACUUUCAUGGUAAAAUUCUGGACAAUGGGCCUAAAGAUGAUGGCACAGUUGAAGUGCUUUAUAAUCCAGUUGUUGGUGCAACUCCCUUCCCUGUUUACAGAGAUGGGGAUAAGGCUAAGAAGUAUGAUUUGGACGAUUUGAGGAAGACACCCAACCAAUUUUAUUUGGAAUCAGGGAAGAAAGCAGAAAAUGGGUAUAGUUUUGUUAGAACACCAUCUCCUGCUCCUGGUGUUGAUGUAUCCCCAUUUAUCACUUGGGGAGAAAUUGAAGGGACGCCAUUGAGGUUGGAUACUGAGGAUACACCUAUUGAUAUUGGUGGUAGUGUUGAUGGGCCACAUUUUAAAAUUCCGUAUCCACCUGCGAGAGAUGUGAAGGCUCACUCCUUAUCAAGGGAUGCUGCACGAAAGUCGAGGGAAAGGUCGAAAAUGUUUCAGAAACCACCAUUGCCCUCACCUCUUAGAGGGGGGAGUGCUAGUCCAAGCAGACAAACUUUUUCUCCUGCUGCCCAGAAGUUCAUGAGGAAUGCGAUUGCAAAAUCAUCGUCUUCUAUUGAUGAAACUCUUCGUGCCACUUACCGAGGUGCAAGUCCUGGCUCUAGUACCCCAAAGAGUUUGAGGAGUUUGUCAAGGUUUGGAAGGGAUGGAAGUAUGGUUUCCAGGUCACCAUCUGUAAGAGAGGGUUCUAACCCUUGCUAAAAUAAAUUCUCUGCCAUAUGCUCUGUAUAAUUAGACCAUAGUUUUGUAUUUCUUAUGUUGGCACUCAAUGAAACCUUUUUUUGUGCGAAAUACAUGUAUAGAUUUUUCUGGUUUCACUGUCAUUACUGUUAUGAGUUUAGUGGUAAUGGGCCAUUUAUAAAAUUUUCGUGAUGAUUAUCUAUGCCCAUUUAAUAGAGCCUUUUCUUUUGUAUUUGUUUGGAUUUAGUGUUGGAAGAAUUGAUCUUUUGUUUU